AGAUAGAAAAGAACUCCCGACGCGUUCACAUCGUUUGGAAGUAAGCGCGCGUAAUUUGAAUACAAGAAAUACAAAAUACGCAACAAUACAAAAAAAAGAACCAAACCCCAAGUGAAAAAGUGUGCAAUAGUGACAACAAAAUAUAUAUAUUUAAAAAAAUACAAAUUAUUUAAAAGCCUACAUACAAAAUUUCAAUAAAAAAAAACCGCAUGGAUCAUAAAAAUAUUUAUAGCACUUAGUUGCGUUUAGCCGCAAUCUCUCAAUCUCAAGUCGGUUUGACAGCUGCCGUCGCCGGUCUCUUUUUUAUUUGUAUUUAAAACAACAUUAAAAAAAAAAUCCACAACAAAUCUACGCAUACAUAUUGACAGCAUUUGAAGAGCAGACAGCAGACAGCAAACAAAUUUUCAAAAAAUACAUAUAAAAAACCACUUGAAAUUGCAAGUUCUGACAAAUUGUUGCUGAGUCUGGGCAGCUGCUGCUGUCGCGUGUGCCAAUAAAAAACGAAACCGACAAGAAAAAAAAACGUUGACAAAUAUUUAGCAACGCGUUAAAAAAAUAUUUUGUGCGUGACGACAUCUAAAAAUAAAUGAAUUAGAAUUCGAAGAAAGAGAUUUAUAAUUAAAAAUAGAAAAUGUUAAGUGAAUAAUUGAAUUGCAAUCACAAAUCACAAAAAUUCAAUUCAAUCAAGUGCAAAUAAAUCAUUAAAAUAUAUCUCAAAAUGAUGAUGUCCAGCAUGUUGUAUCUUUCGUCACUCUUGUUGCUGUCCAUGUGGAGUAAUGUGCUGGCCACAACUGACAAUCAGUUAACACAUCCAGCACUCAAUAAAACUGACGCGACCCUGAGGCGUCCAUCUAAUCAACUGACUGUGGAUCAGCAGGAAGACGAUGAUUAUUAUAGCGACAAUGAGCCAAGCGAUUCCAUUGAUAGUGAUUAUGCGGCGCCUAAAUAUAGCAACCCGAUCUGGAUCACUCCGACGCCGUCACCUCCAACAUCACCUCCAUCCACAACUCCAACGACUCCAAUGCGAACAUCAUCUUCAACGGCAAUGCCAAUGGCAAUGGCUUCUUCAUUGAAGCGCGUGCCACGGCAUCCUCAGUAUUUGUGGCACGCUAAUCGCGUGGAUGACGACGCCGCCUUUGAUGAGGCGGGCUAUCAAUCGGAUCAGGCGGUCGGCACUUUGACCGCCCAGAAGCAACAGGAAGUGGGCACCGCCGAGGGUGUGCAGCUGAGUCGUCGUCUCUACGCCAGUAAUCUGAGAGGCAUGGCAUUUGCGCAUCUCCAGCGUAUUAACAACGAGGCACGUUGCAGGUGGCCGCAACCACGUGUCAUCCACAUCAACAGCGAGACAUCGAAACAUUAUUCACCGCGUGCAACAAUUCUGCAUCGUUGCGACGAAGGCACCGGCUGCUGUGAAGAAGACUUUAUGGUCUGCAGUGUGAAGACGAAAGCAACCGUGGAGCUGCCCUUCUUUGUGAAAGCUGUGGGAAGUCCCCGGGCCUCGCCCCAGAUGCUCUCGCUGACCAAUCACACCGAAUGCGAGUGCGUCAGUUUGUCGGCCGUGCAGCAGACGCAGCGUCGCAAACGCAGCUCGCAGUGCCUGUGCCCCAAGCACUUUAGCAACUUUAGCAAUGCCCUGAACUGGCAUCACGGCACAAGUUGCCGCUGCGAUUGCCACCUCAACGAUGCAACGUGUCAGCGCCUGAAGAACGGUGACGAAGGUUUCUCCAUGUCCGAGCGCAGAUGCAUUUUGUACAACGAUUGCAGUCCGCCCAUUUGCAACUAUGGCCUGUAUAAUUCACACAGCGGACGCUGUCCGCGGCCACAGCAGCGCCAUCUAUGAGACGGUAGUGGCAGUCUAACGCCAUCUACCGGUCUCAAGUGGGAAAACGCUGCUGCCAUCUUAAACAUAGCAAUCCAGAACUGUGCAUACAUUAAAAUAUUACACUAACACACACUCACACACAAACACACACACAUACACUUACAGUCGUAUUGCAUUCAAAGCAAUUGAACAUUUAUCCGCUGUGCGAUUAAAUGUGGGCAACUCAUGUGAAUUCAGCAGUUUCAUAAUUCAAUUAAAAAAACGAUCUAGAGAAAAUGCAAUUUCAGAGUAUUUGAUAUCAUUUGAUUUAUGAAAUCAAUUAAACAUAUAUCAACAAA